GCGCACAAAACUGGUCCAUCUCUGUACAGGACAAUACCAUUGUGAUCGCACCAUUGCAUAACCACAGCCCUACCCGACAUCGCCCCUUCGUGUUGAAGCCACCGAUGCGAGGGUGCAGGUGUUCUCUGCCUUCCAGUCCGGGCUACGCCCAGGAGGAACAUAUCAAACAUUCCACGUGCGUUUCGUUUACUGACGUUGUCUGGUUUAAAAAUGCCAUUCUUCACGGGGCUGUUCACUUCUGCGUGUGAGAGAGGCUGUCAACAGAUACCAUUUUAGACUGAGCUUGCUUGGAAAAGACGGCGGCAUGAUGUUUUUGGCCUGGACUUUGGUCUUUUCAUUUUUGGGCAUUUCUCACUCAGAAUUGUGUAUAGCAGGACAAAGUCAGAUGGUGGUGACAGAAGAUGGGAGGUAUGUGAUUCCAACCUAUUGCACAGACCCAUUUGAUGAAACUAUUUACCAAUCGGGAACAAAAUGGAGAACUUCAAACUGCAUGGACUGUUACUGUGAAAUGGGUGGUUUUGAGUGCUGUCAAACAAAGAUUGAUGUGCCACAGAAUAUCCCUGAUGACUGCAUUAUGGAAUUUGACCAGAAUGAAUGUAAAUAUUGGAUUUUUAAAAUGGAUAAUCGAAGCACACCCUGCUAAGCUGCUGUUUUUACUUCUUACAACUUCAUCAUCCCUUAGACCUACCUAUACGUUCUGUUCUUCUCUUAUAAAGUGAUUUUGUAAACUUCAGAAACUUGCCUCAUCUAAAGAAAUGCGUAUCGUUGUUGUUUACAAAGAGUGUUUGAUUUGGGGAAAUGUAUAAGGGUGGAAGAGAGGAAUUGCCAAAAAUACUAUUCAGAGGUUAUUUUCUAGUUGAAUAUUUAACUCUUAGAUUUAAUUUUAUAUUGUUUAAUAUUUGUACAUUUAGUUAACAUUCUUGGCACCUAUUUUAAGAUAUUUGUGUGCAGAUGCUCAUCCAACAUGGAUUUGACUAGGUUUAGCUGCAGUUCUGAAGGUUUGGUGGCUUUAAAAAGAAGCACAAAUCCAAUCUGCCUUUUUUGCCAUUUGUAUUAUUACUGUUCUGAGGAGACAUGCAAGUAUGAAUUUCAUUGUACUGUGUACACAUAACAAACUUGAACAAUAAAGAGGCAAAGACAGAGGAAAAUUA